AUGAAUAAUAAAGCUAUUGCUUAAAUCAGAAAAUUGCAAACUGGAGAAAAUAGAUAUUGCUUUGAGUGUCAGACAGGAAGUCCAACUUGGGCAAGUUUACCUUAUGGGAUCUACCUUUGCUACAAUUGCUCAGGGUUACAUAGAGGGAUGGGAGUGCAUCUUACAUUUGUAAGAUCAAUUGAAAUGGAUUCCUGGACUGAUAAAUAAUUGGCUAUGAUGCAUUUAGGUGGAAAUGAGCAGUUAAGACUCUUUUUUUAAUCUCAUGGAAUUUAAAUUACCGAUUCUCACAAAUGGAAGACUAAUGCUGCUCAUUACUAUAGAGAAUAAAUGAGGGCGUUAGUUAAUGAAACAUAAAUGCCUGAAGAGCCAGAUGAUUGGGCUGCAAUACAAGAGGCCCCAAAACCAUAAAUUUCACAAUAAUAAUCUCAAAUCUAACCAGAUCCUCCUUUGACUCAAGAGUAAUAAAAUUUCUGGGAAUAAGCUUCUAAAUCAACUAAAGAGGCUUUUGCAAUUAUUGAUGAGAAGAUCUCCAAGGUGUAAAUCAAGGAAGAGGCAGUUUAAUUAGGAUAGUAAAUUACAGCAAAAACUAAAUAACUUGGAGAAAAAUCUACUUAGAUUGCAGAUAAGGCAUAUAAGAGUAUAAAAAGUGGAUUUAAUGAUGCUUUUGGAUUUAUUAAAUCAAAAGCAGAUUAAGUAAUAGGUAAAGAAAAAUAAACCUAGCCAGAUAAUAAUAAUAAUAAUAAUAAUAAUAAUAAUAAUAAUAAUAAUAAUAAUAAUAAUAAUAAUAAUAAUAAUAAUAAUAUGGCCUUAAUAGUUUUAGAUGGAUUGCUAAAGUUAAAAGCAACCUUAAGAUUUUUUUUCUUUUGA